AUGAUUGUUCAAGAGAAAGAAUUAUUUAUCAAGGAGCAUCUUCUCAAAGCUGAACAAUCACCUGAGUAAAGGCUAUUGUAACUACAAAAAUCUGCAUUACCAUUGAUGAUUACUGUUGCAUUCGCCAGUAUAUUAUAUAAUAGUAUGACAUCCUUUUACCCGAUUUAUAUGGCGACUAGCUUUCCGCAAUUAGGCUCAACUCAUUUUGGAAUUAUACUCGCAAUAUACGAAGUAGCUAACUUGAUAGCGUCCAUAGUUCUUGGAUUGUAAAUAGGCAGAGUGAAGCGUAAGAACCUGACAAUCAAUUCAAGCAUCUAACUUUUUAUUGCUACUUUAGCAUUUACAUCCUUAGAUCUUCUAGGAUCAACUUAGUAUUUGACCUUUUUUAUAUUGAGCUUAAACUUCAGAGUUAUUCAAGGUGUUGCCAGCGCAGUUAUUUAGAUUUGUGCUUACUCAUUCGCUACCUUCGAGAUGAAUCAUGAUAAAGAUACCUAUAUUGGUUAUGUUGAAAUGGCUGUUGGAGUUGGAGGUAUUCUUGGUCCAGCAAUCGCUAGCUUCUUAUAUGAAUAUGUUGGUUAUGUAGGCACAUUUGUAUUCUUUAGUGGGGUAGUCUUUGUUGGCAUUAUACAAUCAAAUAAUUGA